AUGCGUAUAGCAAUGCAUCUGUCGCUGUUGCUUCUAUAUUUGUUCUUACUGCCCUUUUCAGGAGCAAAUAAUACAGAUGCUACACACGAAGCCGGACCGACGAACACAAAUAACUGGGCCGUAUUAGUAUCCACGUCGCGGUUCUGGUUCAAUUACAGGCAUAUGGCUAAUGUGCUUAGUAUGUACAGAACUGUGAAGAGAUUGGGUAUACCGGAUUCACAAAUAAUAUUGAUGCUGAGUGAUGAUGUCGCCUGCAAUUCAAGGAACCUAUUUCCUGGAAGUGUCUUUAACAACAAGGAUCACGCCAUUGACCUUUACGGAGACUCUGUCGAAGUCGACUAUAGGGGUUACGAAGUUACCGUGGAAAACUUCAUAAGGUUGUUGACGGAUAGAUGGACGGAAGACCAUCCUAAAUCUAAACGGUUGUUGACGGAUGAAAAUUCAAAUAUAUUCAUCUAUAUGACAGGUCAUGGUGGCGAUGAUUUUUUAAAGUUCCAAGACGCUGAAGAAAUUGCUUCUGAAGAUAUUGCAGAUGCAUUCCAGCAAAUGUACGAAAAGAAAAGGUACAAUGAGAUAUUCUUCAUGAUAGAUACUUGUCAGGCGAACACGAUGUAUUCCAAGUUUUAUUCUCCAAAUAUCCUGGCCGUAGGCUCGAGUGAAAUGGAUGAAAGCUCAUAUUCGCACCACUCAGACGUAGAAAUAGGAGUUGCUGUUAUUGAUAGAUUCACAUAUUACUGUCUGGAUUUCCUGGAACAAAUCGACAAAAAUUCUACUUUAACUUUACAAGACCUUUUUGAUUCAUUUACGUUCGAAAAGAUUCACUCCCAUGUGGGUGUCAGGACUGAUUUGUUUGAUAGGGAUCCGUCAGAAGUUCUGAUUACAGAUUUUUUUGCGAAUGUGCAAAAUGUGAUUCCUGAUGAUUCAAGGCCUGUUUCCAUGAGUCAUUAUCAUCAUUACAAAGACAAUAUCAGUACUGCUCAGUAUGAGCUUAACAAUAAUGUACUAGAUUUGGCAUUGGAAACAUACCGUAAAAACAAUAAAUCCUCUAGGAUUGGCAAGAACUUUAAAAACAUCAAGUCUACUAGCGCAUUGAAUGUUGAUAUAGACUCCAACGAAUGUUUCUUCACCUCUUUCAAACAAUCAACUACGAUAGUAUUUGCGCUUAUAGUAACUGUUCUGUUGUUCAUGCUGAGAGGAAACACCACCAAAGUGACCUAUGACCUGUAUACUAAUUAA